UGGGGCCACUUCCCUGUUCCUGAAAAGGUCUAAUUGCUUGGGACAUUCCAACAUUCCCCACCCAGUGCUACGCCCUUUGAGCUGCACCGAUAUAAGAGUGUGUCAGUCACCAUCAGUCACAGACAGGAUACAGAAGCUGCUUCCUUUAUCUUCAACUUUUAACAACAUGUGCAGGAUGAUCCUGACUGCAGGCCUCUGUUUGAUUAUCGCCAGCUUGGCCAGAACCACCAGUGCUAGCUGUAUCAGCACUAGCACUAAUGGAUGCCCUGCAGGGUUCUGUACUGGGAGGACAGAUGGCAACUACAUCAAUGCAGCCAACCCAAAUUCAUUCUACCAGUGUUCCAAUCAGCUGACCUACAGCACACCUUGCCCAGCAUCAGGACUGGUCUAUAGAGCUCCCUGUGACUGCUGUGACUACCCAAACAACCCAUGUCCUGCCACAAAAACGACAUCUCCUACUACCACUCCCUACGAUCCCUACUGCCAGAACAAGCAAGAUGGCUACUAUUGUUACACAAACGACUACUCCAAAUACUACUGGUGUGUCGGUGGAAGAACCUACAUCAUGCCAUGCCCACAAGGCACGAUCUUCACCCCUAAAGUCAACAACUGUGUCCGUCCUGAAAAUGCUUAAAUACCUGUUGUCUUUGCUCUGCAUUCACUCAGCAAUUUCACCCAUGUAUCAAUAUGUAACACAACUAUGCUUUUUGUGGAGUCUUGUUGGGCUUUGUUGCUUCUCUGUUCAGGGACAUGUUAGCUAAUUCUGCCACUGAUGGUGCAUCUGUCUUGGUCACUGGUUGCUUAAUGUGCUUACACUGAUUCACAGGAUGCAUUUGCAUGCAUUUAAUGCAACCACUGCACAUUGUAUGUCCAUAAACAACCUGUGUCUAUCUAAUUGUAAACUGUACUAAAACAAAGGAAUAAAUCACAAUAAAAUAACAAUAAUACCA